CCUUUUUUUUUUUAAACUAGAAGAUGCCAAAAUUAAUCUUCUCAAAGUUUAUGGAUUUAAGGUUUUUUCAUUUGAAAACCAAAGACUUGGCUUUGAAUAGAAUGGACAGGAAUGCGGCAGUGUUCUUUUAGUUUACGUAAAUUGAAGGUAAUAAUUCUUUUUUCACUUAACACCACUUGUUUUCCUGAAGAAUUUGCCUCUGAGUUGACUUUGAAACUUCCACGAAAGCCUGACAGUGAGUAGAUGAAAUGCUGAGCUAUUAGAAUCUGCCUAUAGAUUCAGGUCCUGUAGAGAAAGCAUAGAUUUUUCUUCUUUCUUAUAUAUUAGCUAUUUUCAUAUGUCCUACAAGCAAACUUAAUAUCUUUAUGUGUGUUAAGUGGACUCAGGGUGAUGGAGCUUCUCAGACUGCCUGCCUGGAGAGCUCCACUAGAGGAGGCUUCCUUCUAGAAGACUGCUGCAUCAGGGCCAACUAACUGGACAGCACUUCAGAAGGAAACCCAGCAUGGGUGACCUGACACUGUCUUCACUUGUUCAUCUGAGAGCAUGUUCCCAGAACUGGGCUAGGCACUGGCACCAGUACAUCACCUAUUUGUAGCAGCUGCUCCAGCUGCAGGCAAGCACUGAGGUUUUGGAGUGUCACAGCCUGUUUGUCUCCAGAGGUCAGGCAGUGGCUGAGUCAGAGGAGCAAGGUGGGCUCCCCUGCAUUAUGGUGAAGAAGUGGAAGACAUCUAAGGGUUCCCUCUUCAGGGCCUGUGCCUUGUCCAGAAAUACACGGCUCUUUGGACAGAGCAUAACUUGUUCUAACAUCUUUGUGAGUUGAACCCUGCAAGGAUGUCUACAUCUCCUCCUAUAUUAUCCCGUUUGUUUCUUCUGAACUCGUUAUAUUCUUAAUCCUUAGCGUUCUUGGAGCUCAUGAAUGAAAUCUUCCUGUUCUGUGUGUGACUACAAAGUGCUAUCUAAACUUGAACUUAGGAAGAAAUGAGGGGGACAUUACAGGGACCUAGGUGAGUUUUUAGCAGGCAUUAGGGGUGGAUACUUCGAAGUUAAAGUAUUGAUAGAACUUUUGAAACCUGUGUGCCCAAAUUACAUUUUAGGGUCUUGUAAUGAGAAAGAAAAAGUUGAAUAGCGAAUUAUCUUUACAAAUUGUAAAGGAAGCAAGUUCUAAUUCAGUUAGCUUGAGCUCUCAAGAGUGUACUAGUGUUCUUCAGUAAGCAUCAAGAAGUAUCCAGCAUAUCAUUUUGUUAAAACUCCUUUUUCUUUAACCAGUUUCAAGUAACAAAUCUGCCCAUACAUGUUAGUGGUAAAAACUAAUAAAGUUGAUGACAAGUCAGUUGGCCUCUGACUGUGGUAGUGGUGGCUGGCUUACUGUAUUCGCUAUUUUAGGAAUUGAAAAGGGGCCAUAUUUCUUGGAACGGCUUAGAGCAGGAGUCAGAAACAUUCCCCAAAACAUUCACCAGCUUUCUCUGUAACUUGCUUACCAGAAGAAAUUAUAUAUUUCAUGUUUGUCCUGGCUUAUUUUGAGAAUAUAAAACAAGUCUAUAUUGCAUGCUUACUAUUUGCUAGAGAUUGUACUAAGCCUCUUUUGUGAUCUUCAUAGCACUCCUAGUAGGUUGGUAAUUGUUUUAGGCUCAGUUUUACAGUUAGCUAGGAUCAAAACCCAGGCAGUCUGAAUGUGAGACUGAAACCUCAGAUCGUCUCUUAGUGGGGUGGGUGAGCAUCCAUACAGCACAGUACAUUGCAAGGGGAGAAUUGUGCAACAGUAUUUAGGGCAUCACCUGCAGGAACGUUCAUUGGUGCAAUCAGGUUAGGAUGAACUCCGCUUGAAGCAUCGCAUCAGGUAAAAGGCAGGGGUAAGAGCAUUUCUGUUAAUGUCACUCAUGGGUUUAUGAUCAGGAUUCAUGCCACCUGUGUGGCCCCCAAAGCUGAAAGUGUAAGUCUUAGAUUCAUGGUGUCCUCAAGAUACCAGAGAAAGAAAAUGCAAAUCAACUGGCUAAAAGUGGAAGAAAUAAGGGCCUAUCAAAACUGGUAGAAUAUAAGAAAGUCAAACAGGACAAAUGGAAAUUAAAAAUAUAACUGUUGAGGGACUUCCCUAGCAGUCCGGUGGUUAGGACUCUGCGCUUCCACUGCAGGGGGUGCAGGUUCCAUCCCUGGUCAGGGAACUAAGAUCCCACAUGCCGCGGGGAGAGGCCAAAAAAAAAAAAAGUUGAAAUAAAAAACUCAGCGUAGAGGUUAGACUACACAUAGCUGAAGUGAAACUGGUAAAUUUGAAGAAGUUACGCAACAUCAGGACACAGAAGUGGACCAAGUGAGAGUUUGUUACUGGAUUUUAGGAUGAGACGGGCAACUUGCAUUUAAUUGGAAUCCCAGGAGGGACCAUGGAAAGCACAGCCGCUCUGAAGGGAGCUCUGAGUACCUACUGUGUAGGAGUACAUACUGCUGUGCAGUGAGGCUACAAAGGCAAGUCACAUUUAACCAGGUCAGUAUCGCGGUCAACUCCGGAAGGGAGGGAGGGGCGCACAAAGAUAACGGCCAUUUCUUUGGAGGGUAGGGUGGGCACACGGACGCUCGCUUAAGUCUAAACCGUACAAAGUCAUUUGUAUAUACGUAGGACAUAACGCUGUCACUUUGUAGAAGUCCACGCCUGCGUCGUGGGAGCUGGCAGACAGCUGCUCUGAUGAGCCUGACCGGAAGCGCUCCCAGCCCCGCUCGGCCGAGCUUCUGGCGCGGGGACUGGCUUCUUCCUACGUUAGGACCCCUGCGACCUCUAGCGGCGUGACGCCGCGGGGCUCCGGCUGGACGGGCGGGCACCGCCCCCGCUGUCUAGGGGGCGGGACUUCCGGGCGGCGGGACUUCCGGCCGCUGAGCGACGGGCGCAGCAUCAGCAUCAGUAUCAGCUGGCGGCGGCUGAGGCAACAGCGGCUGCGGCGCAGGCAACGGGCCGCGGCCUGCGGACUACGGGCAGCCGGAGCGGGCGGGCGCGCCGGCGGAUAGCAGGCCGCGCUGGCGGCGGCGGUGGCCGCGAUGAUGGAGAUCCAGAUGGACGAGGGCGGCGGCGUGGUCGUGUACCAGGACGACUACUGCUCUGGCUCGGUGAUGUCGGAGCGGGUGUCGGGCCUGGCGGGCUCCAUCUACCGCGAGUUCGAGCGCCUCAUCCACUGUUACGACGAGGAGGUCGUCAAGGAGCUGAUGCCACUCGUGGUCAACGUGCUCGAGAAUCUGGACUCGGUGCUCAGCGAGAACCAGGAGCACGAGGUGGAGCUGGAGCUGCUGCGCGAGGACAACGAGCAGCUGCUCACCCAGUACGAGCGGGAGAAGGCGCUGCGCAAGCAGGCCGAGGAGAAAUUUAUUGAGUUUGAAGAUGCCUUGGAACAAGAGAAGAAAGAGCUACAAACCCAGGUGGAACACUACGACUUUCAGACCCGCCAGCUGGAACUGAAGGCCAAAAACUACGCAGAUCAGAUUUCCCGGCUGGAGGAGCGGGAGUCGGAGAUGAAGAAGGAGUACAAUGCCCUGCACCAGCGGCACACAGAGAUGAUCCAGACCUACGUGGAGCACAUCGAGAGGUCCAAGAUGCAGCAGGUCGGGGGGAACAGCCAGACCGAGAGCACCCUGCCGGGGAGGAGGAAGGAGCGCCCCACCUCCCUGAGCGUCUUCCCCCUGACCGACGGUAUGGUACGUGCACAGAUGGGGGGCAAGCUCAUGCCUGCGGGGGACCACUGGCACCUGAGUGACCUCGGCCAGCUGCAGCUCAGCUCCAGCUACCAGUGUCCGCAGGAUGAGAUGUCCGAGUCAGGCCAGUCCUCAGCGGCGGCCACGCCCAGCACCACGGGCACCAAGUCCAACACGCCCACGUCCUCUGUGCCCUCGGCUGCGGUCACACCCCUCAGCGAGGGCCUGCAACCUCUGGGCGACUACAGCGGCAGCUCCAAGAACAACAAGAGAGCGCGGGAGAAGCGCAACAGCCGCAACAUGGAGGUGCAGGUCACACAGGAGAUGCGCAACGUCAGCAUAGGCAUGGGCAGCAGUGACGAGUGGUCUGAUGUUCAGGACAUUAUCGACUCCACCCCAGAGCUGGACAUGGGCCGGGAGCCCCGCCUGGACCGCACGGGCAGCAGCCCAACCCAGGGGAUCGUGAACAAGGCUUUUGGCAUCAACACUGACUCCCUGUACCACGAGCUGUCGACUGCGGGGUCCGAGGUCAUCGGGGAUGUGGACGAAGGGGCCGACCUGCUAGGGGAGUUCUCAGGAAUGGGCAAGGAAGUGGGGAAUCUGCUGCUGGAGAACUCACAGCUUCUAGAAACCAAAAACGCUCUGAACGUGGUGAAGAACGACCUCAUCGCCAAGGUGGACCAGCUCUCGGGGGAGCAGGAGGUGCUGAAGGGGGACUUGGAAGCCGCCAGGCAGGCCAAACUCAGACUGGAGAACCGCAUCAAGGACCUGGAGGAGGAGCUGAGGAGAGUGAAGUCAGAGGCCAUCAUUGCCCACCGUGAACCCAAAGAAGAGGUGGAGGAUGUAAGCAGCUAUCUCUGUACAGAAUUGGACAAAAUCCCCAUGGCGCAGCGCCGCCGCUUCACGCGUGUGGAGAUGGCCCGCGUGCUCAUGGAGCGCAACCAGUACAAGGAGCGGCUGAUGGAGCUGCAGGAGGCCGUGCGGUGGACCGAGAUGAUCAGAGCAUCCCGAGAGCAUCCAUCUGUCCAGGAGAAGAAGAAGUCCACCAUCUGGCAAUUCUUCAGCCGCCUCUUCAGCUCCUCCUCAAGCCCCCCUCCGGCCAAGCGGUCCUACCCCUCAGUGAACAUCCAUUACAAGUCACCCACCACGGCCGGCUUCAGUCAGCGCCGCAGCCACGCCAUGUGCCAGAUCUCCGCCGGCAGCCGGCCCCUGGAGUUCUUCCCAGAUGACGACUGCACAUCCUCUGCAAGGCGGGAGCAGAAGCGUGAGCAGUACCGCCAGGUGCGCGAGCACGUGCGCAAUGACGACGGGCGGCUGCAGGCCUGUGGCUGGAGCCUACCAGCCAAGUACAAGCAGCUGAGUCCCAACGGAGGCCAGGAGGACACCCGCAUGAAGAACGUGCCUGUCCCUGUGUACUGCCGCCCUCUGGUGGAGAAGGACCCGACCAUGAAGCUGUGGUGUGCCGCGGGCGUCAACCUGAGCGGCUGGAAACUGAGUGAGGAUGACCCCGGGAAUGGAGUCAAGCCUGUGCCAGGCCGCGACCCUCUGACCUGCGACCGGGAAGUAGAAGGAGAGACCAAAAGCAACCACGCGUCCCCCGAGAAGAAGAAGGCAAAGGAGCUCCCUGAGGCGGACGCCACCUCCAGCCGCGUGUGGAUCCUCACCAGCACCCUGACCACCAGCAAAGUGGUGAUCAUCGAUGCCAACCAGCCGGGCACCGUCGUGGACCAGUUCACCGUGUGCAAUGCCCACGUCCUAUGCAUCUCCAGCAUCCCUGCGGCCAGCGAUGGUGACUACCCUCCGGGGGAGAUCUUCCUGGACAGCGACGUGAACCCUGAGGACUCUAGUGCAGACGGCGUGCUGGCCGGCAUCACCCUGGUGGGCUGUGCCACCCGCUGCAACGUGCCGCGCAGCAACUGCUCCUCCCGUGGGGACACCCCAGUGCUGGACAAGGGCCAGGGGGAGGUGGCUGCUGUCGCCAAUGGGAAGGUCAACCCAUCUCAGUCCACGGAGGAGGCCACGGAGGCCAUGGAGGUGCCAGACUCUGGGCCCAGUGAGGCAGAGGCAGCUGCGGUGCGGCCUGGGCCCCUCACAGAGCACGUCUUCACCGACCCGGUCCCUGCCCCACCCACCAGCACCCAGCCUGACAGUGAGAACGGGCUGGAGACAGACGUGAGCGGUGUGCAGCCUGAGCCAGAGCCCAGUGGGGACGCUGCGGGGGCCAGCAGCAGUGCUGCACCCACCAUGUGGCUGGGAGCCCAGAACGGCUGGCUCUACGUGCACUCGGCUGUGGCCAACUGGAAGAAGUGUCUGCACUCCAUCAAGCUGAAGGACUCCGUGCUGAGCCUGGUGCACGUAAAAGGGCGAGUGCUGGUGGCUCUGGCCGAUGGGACCCUGGCCAUCUUCCACCGAGGUGAAGACAGCCAGUGGGACCUGAGCAACUAUCACCUGAUGGACCUGGGCCACCCACACCACUCCAUCCGCUGCAUGGCCGUCGUGUAUGACCGCGUCUGGUGCGGCUACAAGAACAAGGUGCAUGUCAUCCAGCCCAAGACGAUGCAGAUUGAGAAGUCGUUCGACGCCCACCCACGGCGGGAGAGCCAGGUACGGCAACUGGCGUGGAUUGGUGAUGGGGUGUGGGUGUCCAUCCGCCUGGACUCCACGCUGCGGCUCUACCACGCCCACACCCACCAGCACCUGCAGGACGUGGAUAUUGAGCCCUACGUCAGCAAGAUGCUGGGGACAGGCAAGCUGGGCUUCUCCUUCGUGCGCAUCACAGCCCUGCUCAUCGCAGGCAACCGCCUCUGGGUGGGCACCGGCAACGGAGUUGUCAUCUCCAUCCCGCUGACUGAGACUGUGGUCCUGCACCGAGGCCAGCUCCUGGGGCUCCGAGCCAACAAGUCGUCCCCCACAUCUGGGGAGGGGGCCCGCCCAGGAGGCAUCAUCCACGUGUACGGAGACGACAGCAGUGACAAAUCAGCCAGCAGCUUCAUCCCUUACUGCUCCAUGGCCCAGGCUCAGCUCUGCUUCCACGGGCACCGUGACGCUGUCAAAUUCUUUGUCUCCGUGCCAGGGAACGUGUUGGCCACUCUGAACGGCAGCGUGCUCGACAGCCCCUCCGAGAGUCCCGGGCCCACUGCCCCCACCGCAGACACCGAGGCCCAGAAGCUGAAGAACGUGCUGGUGCUUAGCGGCGGGGAGGGCUACAUUGACUUCCGCAUCGGCGACGGAGAAGACGAUGAGCCCGAGGAGGGUGCAGGGGACGUGAGCCAAGUGAAGCCCCUGCUGUCCAAGGCCGAGCGCAGCCACAUCAUCGUGUGGCAGGUGUCCUACACCCCCGAGUGAGGCUGCGGCCUGCCGCCACCCCGCCCCGCCUGAUGCCAUCUGCCACAUGUACAUACAGCCCCGCCCACCUGCCCACCACCCACCCAGGGGGCAGCCUGCCCGCAGGCAGCCAGGUGCCCGUCCACCCCACUUCUAGCCUCUCAACCUGCAGCUUUCACCUUCAGUCCGGGCCUCCCCAUGAGCUGGCAGAGAGCAUAGGGUCUGGCUGGGAGCGGGUAGUGGGGUGGCGUCCUGACCAGGGAGGGGCAGAGCCUCUCGGGACACCCUCUCCCCAGCAGCUCCUGGCUGGCACCCAGCCCAAAGCCCUCCAGGCCCGAGGGCACUUCAGGGCCAGAGCGAGGCAGAACCCCAGGGUGGGUCGGGCCAGGGAAGCCCCUACAGGUGGCUCCGAGCUCCACCCUGGGCUCCCCACUCCAGUCACUCAUUCCCAGGAUCUCUCCAGGGAGUCGAGCAGGGACUUCACCCCGCUGAGUCUUCCCACCCUGAGUCCACUUGCCUUUGGCUGCUGCCCAUGGGAGUGGGGAUCCAACCCUCAGGGAGUUGGCCCAGUUGCUAGCCUUCCCUGGGCUCCCCCUCCCCCAUCUCUACCGCCCUGGGAACUGGCAUGAAAGCAUGUAACCAGGCUCCCUGGGGCAGCUGCCUGAGAAGACACACACACACCCUCAUCCCGCUCAAGCCCCAUAAUCGUCCUGUGUGGUGGGCUCUCACUGGCCCUCACUGACCUGUGUCCUCCCCGACCCUGCUAACUCUCCCUGGGUGAACACUCACCUUGUAGGAGCAGGCCCCUUGAGUCCCACCCCUCCCGGAAGCCCCUAGGGUGGAAUUUCUCAGGCUGCCAGGGCAGGCCCAAGCCUCAGGAAGAAGGGGAGGCCCCUGGUCUCUCCCGGGGUCAGUCCUUGGAUGUAGGCUCAGCCUCAGGGUGAUGGGGAAAGGUGUGCUCCAGGGCCUGCCUCCUGUGCAGUCUCCAAGGAGCCCAGCUCCCAAGACACGCUACUAAGUGCCUAGGGAUAAGCGGUGUGGCCUGCUCCCUUGAGGGCAUCUGAUGAUAGGCCACCGAGCAGAGGCCCAAGGGUUAAGGACAGGAGCCGCCUCCAGCCGGUUCUCGGCGAUGGCGCGUGCCUGCUUUGAGGGGCACCGCCCUGGACUGCCAACUCCCCCACCUGCCCAGGCCUUAUUCCUGUUCCUCGAGGCACCGAUCAGGGCAGCCCCAGGCACUGCUGCCCACCCACCUCCCACCAGAGAAGCACAGAUCUUGGGCAGCCAUCCCACGAGCCCAGCUGGCCACUGCUGCAGCCACCAGCAGCUGCAGGCUUCUCCCCACCACCCUGCCACUCUCCACUGUGAUGUACGUCAAGUCCCUUGUCUGUCCUCACAGGGCCUGAAGUGACUCGGGGGUUAGCUGGGUGGGUGCAACUGGGUAACACGAUUCUCCUCAGGCUUUGGCCCUGCAAGUGAACCUACAUAUCUGCUCUGUAAGUAAUAAAUGUCUUAACAUCA